AUGACCAGCAACCAGCUGCUGCACCUGCUGCAGGCCACGCUCGAUGCAGACGUCAACACGAGGGUCAGCGCCGAGCUAGCUCUGGCCAAAGCUCAGCAGUCGUCCGAGACCGCGCUCGGCCUCGCCCGUAUUGCGACCGCGCAGGAGGUCGACGUGCCCUGGAGGCAGGCUGCCUGCUUCGCCCUCAAGAAGUACGUCAAGGAGUUCUGGUCGCCGUUCUUCCCGUCGUUCAAGGGCCCCACCGCGACGACGCCCGAGAUCAAGGCGCAAGUGCGAGACGUCCUCUUCGUCGGCCUGUCGGACCCGGUCCGCAAGAUCCGCCUAGCCUGUGCCAACAUCGUGUCGCUCAUCGCCCAACCCGACUGGCCAGAAGACUGGUCGACCCUCCUCGACCAGCUCCUCGCCCUCAUCCGCUCGUCGUCCAUUGAGGCUGUCGAGGGCGGCAUGUGCGCCCUGAGCGACUUUGUCAGCAUCAGCCUGACGGAGGACCAGCUCCUGCCUGUCGCGCGCGAGAUGCUGCCGACCCUCCUGUCGAUCCUCGGCGCCGCACACACGUACGGCCCGGCGACUCGGGCGCGCGCCGUCCACAUCUUCCGCCAGUCGGUCAUGACCCUGUUCACCGUCAAGGACGAGUUCCCCGACGCGGUCAAGGCGGCCGUCGUCGACACCCUGCCGCAGUGGCUCGGCGCGUUCGAGCAGAUCCUGGGCGUGGACGUGGCGAGCGACCUCGCGAGCGAUGCCGGCUGGGACAACAUCGCCGUCCGCACCGCCAUCUUCCAGGCGCUCGAGAUCAUCCUCAACUCGUUCCCGUCGACGCUCAAGGGCACCCUCGCCACCUACCUCUCGCUCGCGAGCGCCCACCUCUCGUCCCUCUUCCCCAUUUACACCGCCGCCUCGCUGUCCAACUCGUCCGACUUUACCCUCCCGACCUCUCAGACCGGCGAGGAGGACUCGGACAUCUCGAGCGACCUCGGCACCUUCGUCUCGACCGUCGUCGACUUUCUCGCCCAGGCGGUCCGCCGCAAGGCGGUCCGGUCGCUCUUCAUCGAGGGCCCCAGGCCGACGCCGGCGCUCGUCGACAUGCUCGCCAAGGCGAUCGAGUUCGCCAAGAUGACGACCGACGACGAGGACAGCUGGGCGACCGACCCGAACGCCUUUGUCGCCGACGAGGACGACGAGAUGAUGUCGUACAACGUCCGCUCUGCGUCGCUCGACCUCGUCCAGUCGUUCGUCGAGACGCUGUCGGGCCCCUCGCUCGUCGCGCUCCAGUCGGCGUUCCAGGCGGUCGCCUCGAGCGCGGACCGGCUGCGGGCGCAGGGCGACGAGGACUGGUGGAAGGGUUACGAGAGCGCGCUUGCCGUCGUGGGCGCCAUCUCGGAGGACCUGAUCGAGCACGUGCAGGAGGCGAGCGAGGAGGGCCGGGCGCCAGACUUUGCGCUCGAGGGUGUCUUCCAGGGCGUCGUCAUGACCUACCUCACGGCUGCCGACUUGCCCUUCCUCCAGGGUCGUGCCUUCGUCUUUGCGAGCCAGUUCUCCGAGGUCCUGCCGCAGCAUCUCGCCAAGCAGUACAUCGAUGCGGCGAACCACGUCCUCGAGUUGGCCGCCGCGAGCGUGCCCGUCAAGGUGUCGGCCGUGCGCGCCCUCACCAACUUCUUCCGCCACCUCAAGGAGAACGUCGAGCCGGCCCAAGCCGCCACCGCCCUGUCCAAGCUGCUUCCCCUCCUGUCGGGCGCGACCGAGAACACGCUCGUCCUCGUCCUCGACGCGAUUCAGUCGUCGCUCAAGGCCGGCGGGUCCGUGCUGGACGAGCAGACGACCCGUGCGCUCGUCAAGACGGUCCUGGAGGUCUGGUUCGCCAAGCCUGAAGACCCUCUUCUCGGCUCCGCCAUCUCGGACUCGGGCCUCGACAUCGUCACGACCGUCAUCCGCAAGGACGUCGACCAGCUCCUCAACUGGCGCUCGUCGUCGGGCCAGUCCGGCCUCGAGCUCGUGUUGGCGCAGGUCGCCAAGCUGCUGCAGCCGUCGGAGAACGAGUCGGCCGGCCUGUUCGUCGGCGACCUCGUCAUCCACCUCGUCCGCAAGGCCGGCUCGUCAAUCGGCCCUGUCCUGCCGGAUCUGCUGCAGGCCUUUGUGACCCGCCUCGCGACGGCCCAGACGGCAAUGUUCACUCAGAGCCUCGUCCUUCCGUUCGCCUACCUCAUCCACCAGCAGCUCGAGAACGUCCUGUCCCUCCUCGAGUCGCUCGCCGUCCCGUCCGGCGCCGGUCAACCCGGCCGACCUGCGCUCGAGGUCCUCCUGUCGGCGUGGUGCGACUACGCCGGCGACUUCCAGGGCUUCUGGAACCAGAAGGUCAGCUCGGUCGCGCUGUCGCAGCUGUACGCGGCAUCGGCGGCGAGGGAGACGCUGCAGCACGUCCAGGUCAAGGGCGACCUCGUCGUCACCGAGGCCAACGCCAACCGCAUCAUGACGCGCUCCCGAGCAAGAGCCAACCCCGACCAGUUCCAGCCCAUCCCGUUCCCCGCCAAGGUGCUCAAGCUCCUCUUGCACGACGCCCAGACCGCCGCGCAGUCGAGCCAGGCCAAGAACGCUCCAGACGAUGCCGUGUCAGACGACGAGGACGACGAGUGGGCGGACGAGGGUGCCGAGUUCACGGCGGGCAACGAGCGCGACCUCGACUUCCUCUCGGAGAUGUUGUCGAGCGGCGGCCUGAAUCGGUACAUGCAGGGCGGCGACGACGACGAGGAAGACGAACUCGAUGAGCAGGACCUGCACGACGACCCGAUCUGGCAGCUGGACCUCUCGGCGCAUCUCUCGGGCUUCUUCCGCCACGCGUACGAGGCGGACCAGACGUCGUUCCGCCAACUCGCCGAGACGUUCCUCAACGAGGAGGAGAAGGGCGUCCUCUCUCACGUUCUGCAAUCGGCAUAGACGCUCUCUCCUUG